ACCGGAUCAUCGAGACAAGUUCUUCGAGUCCUUGGUUUGUCUACAUCUCACUAGGACAAUGAUACCUACCAAUCGCACUGUGGCACAGUCGCUCUGUCGUAUACCCGUUCAGACUGCUUCCCGAGCCCUCGUUAACGGCGUCGCCGUCCUUCGUAUACCCAGGGCCUCUCCGGGAACGGCGGCACUUGUUCCAGGCGUUGCUCGCAAUGUCAAGAAUGGAGAAUCGGUUCGUCGGGUGAAUGCCCCCAUCCGAAGAGGAUUGGCCACCACAGUCCACAGUAAUGACUCGUCCUCGAUUCGGAGGCCUCACUUUGACAAGAUUCUUAUUGCGAACAGGGGUGAAAUCGCUUGUCGCGUCAUUCGGACCGCAAAGAAACUCGGGAUCAAGACGGUCGCUGUCUACAGCGAAGUUGACGCAAAUUCUUUACAUGUGCUUGAGGCCGAUGAAGCAUAUUGCAUUGGGCCAGCACCGUCCGCAGAGAGCUAUUUGCGCAUAGACAAGAUCAUCGAUGUUUGUCAUAAGAGCGGAGCACAGUUCGUCUACGGUUUUCUCAGCGAGAAUGCCAAGUUUGCUGAACGAUUGGCCGAGGAAGGCAUCGUUUUCAUCGGCCCGCCUUCAAGUGCCAUAGUAUCCAUGGGAUCAAAGAGCGAGUCCAAGAACAUCAUGUUAGCUGCCGGUGUGCCCUGUGUUCCGGGUUAUCAUGGCACGGAUCAAGAUCCGCAACGUCUGUUUGCUGAAGCUGAGAAAAUUGGAUAUCCAGUUCUGAUCAAGGCGGUUCAUGGAGGUGGCGGCAAGGGUAUGCGUGUCGUGUCUCAACCUAAUGACUUCAUGGAUGCUCUCGAAUCCGCCAAACGCGAGUCACUCAAGGCAUUUGGAGACCAGAACGUACUGCGCCCGAGACAUGUGGAAGUACAAGUGUUCGCAGACACGAUGGGAGGCGUAGUCAGUUUGUGGGAGCGAGAUUGUUCUGUGCAAAGACGCAAUCAGAAGAUUAUCGAGGAGGCACCUGCUCCCGGUCUUUCUCCUGAAUUGCGGGCGGACUUGUCUGACGAAGCUAUCGCGGCCGCGAGGGCAGUGAACUACGUCGGUGCAGGGACCGUAGAGUUUAUAUUUGAUAAUGACACGCAGAAGUUCUAUUUCAUGGAAAUGAACACGCGAUUACAAGUGGAACAUCCCGUGACGGAGAUGAUCACAGGGCUCGAUCUCGUAGAAUGGCAACUGGAGGUUGCAGCCGGGAAUCCACUACCCCUCAGUCAAUCUGAUAUCCCUCUCGUGGGACAUGCAUUCGAGGCUCGUAUAUAUGCGGAGAACCCACGUAAUGAUUUUCUUCCCGACUCUGGAUCUCUUCUCUACCUCUCCACGCCGACUCCAACGCACGCUUUUGCCGCGCCAUUAGCUCUGCUCUCUUCAGAGGCGGCACAACCUACUCAACGCACGCCGGACACGUCUUCCGCUGUCACACCUUCACUCCGCCUGGAGCAAGGUUUUACACAGGGCGCGCAGAUAGGUGUUUUCUAUGAUCCGAUGAUCGCGAAGCUAGUCGUGCAUGGCCGGGAUAGAACGGAAGCUUUGCGGGUACUUCGUCGUGGUUUGGAGGAGUACAAAGUCGUCGGGGUUUCUACAAAUAUCGACUUCCUGCGUACUCUCGCCGGAAAUGACACUUUCAUAAAGGGGGACGUGGAAACUGGCUUCAUCAAGAAACACUAUGCAGAGCUGUUCCCUCCGGUGAAUGAACCAUCACCAGAGGUAUUGGCCCAAGCUGCCCUUUAUGUCGCUCUUCGUGACAUAACAAAAAGCAAUGCUCCUCAAUCACCAUGGGUAUCGCUUGGGGCGCGUCGGUUCAACGGUGAAGUGUGUGAACGCACUAUAACUCUGUCGAUGGACGAAUCACCUGGAACAAACAUAAAUAUUAUAGUUGGGCAGACUUCGCCAGGCUACUUCGACGUUAGGGUGCAAAGUCCCUCUGGCAGUCCCAUCACAUUUACUUCAGUUGCUGCGCAGCUAACCUCGCCAACUACCCUCACCGCUUUCUCGCGGCGAACCACCAUUGUGUCUCAACUCACGCCAGCAUCCACGACUUCCGACAUAGCUGAACGUCUACAUAUUUUCUCCGCAGAUGGAUCCAAGAUUACCCUUGCUCUUCCCUCGCCAUCGUGGCUGGUGUCUUUGGGAGGGGAUGUUUUAGCUGCAAGCGAAGGGGCUCUGCGUGCGCCGAUGCCUAGCUUGGUCGUCGAGGUCAAGGUCACUGUAGGCGACAAGGUGGAGAAGGGCCAAGUGGUGGUUGUGUUGGAGAGUAUGAAGACGGAGACUGUGAUAAGAGCAGCAGCAGCAGGGAUCGUCAAAGCUGUGGGAUGCGCGAACGGUGAGAUGGUAGAGGAAGGGAAGGAACUCGUGGAUAUCGAUGCGAGUGCCUGAAGUACCUCAGUGAGGUUGGCUUAGGAAGCAUAUGGUGACCAGUCCAUCAUUCAGGACACGACAGAUAGUGUAAAUCCAUACCCGUGUAGCACUUGUGUAUAUUAGUGGACCAACGCAUACUCUGUGACCCAUGACACAAGCACA